AACUCUGCGGCAUGCAGACAAGAGCUUGGGGGAGGGCAGAGAGCAGGUCUGAGCUAAGUGUAGGGACCGCCACCUUUAUCCAUCUGUGAUCCUAGUAGAGAGGCUGCAUUGCUACUGUGUGCUGCUGUGGGAUCUUCUUAUUUAUGUGCAAGUUUAAUUUCAUGAGCAGACGCUUUUAAUCUACCACUGUUCUCCGAGGAGGUACAGUAGCUCUCUCUCUCUCUCUCUCUCUCUCUCUCUCUCUCUCUCUCUCUCUCUCUCUCUCUCUCUCUCUCUCUCUCUCUCUCUCGCUCGCUCGCUCUCUUCGAGCCGCGGCUUCUCUUUUGAGUGUGGGUGUGAGAGAGUGUUUGAAAGAGUGUGCAUCAGAUCAGGACAGCGGAGCGCCCCACUUUUUAUGACAAAAUGGCAAAGGACGGAGAAAAGAGCGGGUGGAAGGAGUAUAUAUGGAACCCCAGGACCAGGGAGUUUCUGGGCAGGACGGCGAGCAGCUGGGGUCUUAUUCUUCUCUUCUAUGUAGUUUUCUACAUUUUCCUGGCCGGCUUGUUUACGCUCACCAUGUACGUCAUGCUGCAGACCCUGGACGAGCACAAACCCACCUGGCAGGACAGGCUCUCCACACCAGGCAUGGUGAUUAGACCCAAAGCAGGCGAGUACUUUGAGAUCAUCUACAACACCGAGAACACCGAGAGCUGGGACAUGUACACUCAGACCCUGGACAAGUUCCUGGCACCCUACAACAGCUCUGAACAGGCCCUGAAAAACGACGAGUGCACCCCGGACCAGUACUUCCAGCAGGAAGACAGCGGCAGUGUGAAGAACAACCCAAAGCGUUCCUGUCAGUUCAACCGCACUAUCCUGGAGGACUGCUCUGGAAUUCAUGACCGUUACUAUGGAUACCAGUCGGGCAAACCGUGCAUCAUCAUCAAGCUGAAUCGGGUGAUUGGGAUGCUGCCAGGGAAGGACGGACAGGCUCCAUUUGUCACCUGCGGUGCGAAGAGAUACAAAGUUGGCAAAGAUCAAUGGAGAGAAGACAGUGAGAAGAUUGGAGAGUUGAUGUACUUCCCUCCAAAUGGCACCUUCAACCUUAUGUACUACCCUUACUAUGGCAAGAAAGCUCAGGUGAACUACUCUCAGCCUUUGGUUGCCGUCAAGUUCCUUAACAUUACUCAAAAUGAAGACGUCAACAUCGAGUGCAAGAUCAACGCCAACAACAUUCCCCUCGGAAGCGAGAGAGACAAGUUUGCCGGGAGAGUGUCCUUCAAACUGAGGAUCAACACUAAAUAGGUUGACCUUUUCCUCCCCUCUCCUGCAAAACUACUUUCUUCAUUCUCUGCAACAUUGCACAUGCACAGAAACAAAUCACAGUAUUCACACCCUUCGUAGAAUAUGUUUACAACCCCUGAAUGUUUUGGGGAAAUAGUCCAGUCACAUAAUGAGGUGAGAUGAGAAUGAGAAUAUUAAAAAAAACUUAAGGGUGGAAAUCCUGUCAUUAUUUCUGUCUGUGAGCUUUGGGACAAAAUUCUUUCCUGUACAUUAGUUUGAGGUGACGUCUAUUUAUACUGCAUGACAAAC